CAGAGGCUGCGCUCGCAGGUGCGGUUCAGUCUCGUUUUGGCAGCCACAGCGCGCACGACGUUUCCACCGCGGCAGACGGCAAAGACUUGAAGUAAAAACUUGAAGCCCCCAGCGGAGACCUAGAAAGAAGGUCCCAAAACAGUGAGCGAGUGACAGAGCAGAGUCUGUGGAAUUUUUUUUGUGGUUCUGUGCCCCAUAAACGUGUGGCCGAGCGCAGAGUGUGAAGUGGAAUUAGAGGGGGCGGGCGAAGAGGAGACGCGGCAAGCGCGGAAAACCGAAAAGCGUGUGUUUUGUGCUUAAGAAAUGAAAGACUCGAUGGGCAUACUCACCCAGUCGCCCAGCGAGACGCCCCAAGUGCACCAUCCACAGCUGCACCACCAGCUGCACGCUCUGCCCCAUCCGCUGCACGCGCUGCCGCUGCCGCUGCCACUGCCCCACCAGCUGAACCACAGCCACCACCAUCACCAUCCGCUGCAUCACCACUAUCCGGGCCUGCAGCCGCCGGCGGUGAACAUGUCGACCACCUCGUCCAACCUCAAGCCGAAUCGCUCCCGGUUCAUGAUCAACGACAUCUUGGCGGGCAGUGCGGCGGCCGCGUUCUACAAGCAGCAGCAGCAGCAGCACCACCACCAGAGCCAACAGCAGAACAACAACAACAACAGCAGCAGCCACAACAACAACAACUCCAGCUCCAGUGGCGACAGCAGCCCCACGCACAGCCACAGCAACAGCAACAACAACGACGAGCACUUGGAGGCGGCCCAGGCGACAGGCCCACAAGCAUCAGUGGGGGGCUCGGCGGUACCACCUGCAGCCGUGGCAGCACCACCGACAGUGGUCGCCCCACCACCCCCACAUCACCCACAUCCGCACCAGCAGCAGCACUCGCACCAGCAUCCGCAUCCGCAUGCGUUGGUCCAUCAUCCGCACGCCAAGCUGAACCAUUUCGCACCGUCGGUCGGCGUGGGCAUCGGCAUCGGCAGCAGCGGUGUCGGUGGCGCCACCACACAAAUGGGCUCCAACGGUCUCAACGUGGCCCAGUACGCGGCAGCCAUGCAACAGCAUUACGCAGCAGCAGCCGCCGCCGCCGCAGCGCGCAACAAUGCAGCGGCAGCAGCGGCAGCAGCAGCAGCAGCAGUGGCGGCUGGAGUGGGGCCUGGAGUGGGUGGCGGCGGCGUUGUGGGUGCGCCGACGGGCACCGAGCUGGACGAUAGCAGCGACUACCACGAGGAGAACGAUGACUGCGACAGCGAUGAGGCAGGCAGCGGCAACGGAGGCGGCGACGGCAGUGGCAGCGGACACAUGGACGACCACAGCGUUUGUAGUAAUGGCGGCAAGGAUGAUGAUGGUAAUAGCAUCAAGAGCGGCUCCACCAAUGACAUGAGCGGACUGAGUAAAAAGCAGCGCAAGGCCCGCACCGCAUUCACCGACCAUCAGCUGCAGACGCUGGAGAAGUCCUUUGAACGGCAGAAGUACCUGAGCGUACAGGAGCGUCAGGAGCUCGCCCAUAAGCUGGAUCUGAGCGAUUGCCAGGUGAAGACCUGGUACCAGAACAGAAGAACCAAGUGGAAGCGCCAGACGGCAGUGGGUCUGGAGCUGCUCGCCGAGGCUGGCAAUUUUGCCGCAUUCCAGCGGCUGUACGGCGGAUCACCGUAUCUGGGCGCCUGGCCGUAUGCGGCAGCUGCCGGCGCUGGGGCCGCUGCUGCCGCCGCGCACGGGGCAACGCAGCACACCAGCAUCGAUAUAUACUACCGCCAGGCGGCCGCUGCCGCUGCCAUGCAGAAGCCCCUGCCCUACAACCUGUAUGCCGGUGUGCCCAGCGUGGGCGUCGGUCCGUUGGCUUCCGCCUCCGCAGCGCCCUUCUCCCACCUGUCCGCAUCAAGCUCGCUGUCCUCGCUGAGCAGCUAUUACCAGAAUGCAGCAGCUGCCGCAGCCGCCGUAAAUGGUCCACCGCCAGCGUCCGCAGUGCCGGCCCCUGGCGGCCCACUCAAACCGUUGGCCAGCAGCCCGCCCAUGCUUGGCGUAUCCGCCUCUGCUUCGGCUUCGGCUUCGGCAUCAGCAUCGCCACCGCAUCCGCCCUCGACGCCGAGUCCCACGCUCAAUCCGGGAAGUCCGCCGGGCCGCUCGGUCGACAGUUGCUCGCAGGCGCAGUCAGACGACGAGGAUCAGAUUCAGGUCUGAGUGGAAGCGUCGACAGUGAGCCGCCAGUCAAUGAAAACGGUGGGGUGUCUUGGUGUGUAUGUGUUGUAUUCCCUAUAUGUGUGUGUAUGUGUGCUUCAAAUGUAAGUGGGGCUAUGCGGCGCCAAGAGAGAAGCUGCCUAGAAGCUGAAAUCCCAUUAUCCAUUAUCCAGCCCCCAAAAGUGUGAGAUACGGCCAUAAAAGUCAAAGGCAAUCCCAAUACGAGCUUAAC